AACCAUGUCUGAUGUUUGAGGACUCGAUAGAUAUCACUGAGAGCAGUAACUCGCGCUAAAAGCUCACAGAGUUCUGUUCUCUUUCCAUCACAAAAAUAGAAACUUGUAUGCAAGACUGGAAAUGGGAAUGGCGAACGAAAUGAGAAAAAACCCACUUCGGGUAGGAAUGUACGAUAUCGAAAAAACUAUUGGAAAGGGUAAUUUCGCCGUAGUGAAAUUAGCACAACAUCGUACUACCAAAAGUCAGGUAGCGAUUAAAAUCAUAGACAAGACUUUGCUCGACGAAGCCAACCUAAAAAAGGUUUACCGCGAAGUACAAAUCAUGAAGCUCUUACAUCAUCCCCACGUUGUCAAGUUAUAUCAGGUUAUGGAGACGAAGACUAUGCUCUAUUUGGUUACUGAAUAUGCGAGUAACGGCGAAAUGUUCGAAAACCUUGCCAAGAAUGGGCGAAUGCCAGAACGUGAUGCCAGAAAAACAUUUGCACAGAUUCUCUCUGCUGUUGAAUAUUGCCACAAGAGGCAUGUGGUUCAUCGUGACUUGAAGACUGAGAAUUUGUUAUUGGAUUCAAAGAAUAAUAUCAAAAUAGCAGAUUUUGGUUUCAGUAACCAUUACUCACCUGGUAGCAUGCUCAAUACCUGGUGUGGAAGUCCACCAUAUGCUGCCCCAGAGGUUUUUGAAGGCAAAGUCUACGAUGGUCCACAGCUUGAUAUUUGGAGCCUUGGUGUUGUAUUAUAUGUAUUAGUCAGUGGUGCAUUGCCUUUUGAUGGCAAAAAUCUUCAAGAUUUACGGGAUCGUGUGCUGGAGGGCAAUUUUAGAGUCCCAUAUUUUAUGUCACAUGAAUGUGAAAACCUCAUCAAACACAUGCUUGUUCAAGAUCCCAAACAGCGGUACACAAUCGAACAAAUCCGCAAUCACGAGUGGCUACGUAUGGACCCCUCUGUGCAAGUCACGCUGAACAUGAACUGUGAUUUGAACAGUGAGACUGAUAGUGAACCUGAGGAUCUGGAGGACGAUGAAAGAGUGUACAAUGAACGUGCAUUAAGACUAAUGGAAAACUUGGGCAUUGAUAUACCCACGACAAAAAAGGCAAUCAACACCAGGGUUUAUGACCACCACGCUGCUAUUUAUUAUCUAAUUGUUGACAAGCUAAAGCAGCAUCGUUCGAGCUGCCCUGAACCGGAUGAAGUCCAGACGCAGAUACGACGGCCUAGUAGCGUGGCGCAUACUGCCAUUGUCCGAUCGACAUUCACCUGCUCGACAGCACCUGCAAUGCCACAAGCUGUCUCAGUUGCAAGGCGGCCUAGGAGCUCUGUACCAGUAAACCCCAUGGAGUUUGGCAGCGGACUGGAAGAACGGGUUCCAACGCCGCCGGAUAUUAGACACGAGAUUCCUGGUCUCUGUCGGCAGUUGAUGAACAUUAACAGCCGGACACCCCCUGUCCGACGCGUUACCCACACCGUACCACAAACGAUACAAGAAAACGUCGAACUUGAUCGCGGUGGUGUACAUGGGGGUAAUGCAGUGCCGAACGUGAGUAACGCCCCUGCCACAGGGCGAAAACGACGGCAUACUGUGGGUGUACCCCCACAAGGAACAAUUAGCGUACCGUCGGACCACCCUCUGCUUGCAGGGGGUUUGUCGAACACGAAUAACACCAUGUAUCAGAUUGAUCCAAAUCCUUCGAUAGUGGUGUCACCCUGCGACCGCGUCGACUUUCCCUCGUCGGACAGCGGCUUCCAUUCGGCGAACAUCGAAGAGUUAGUGAGGGGACAGAACACGGCAGCCUCGCGUCGCUUUUCCGAAGGCAAUAAUCCACACUGUGACUUCCAGCAAACGCGCGCAUACUGCUCUUCUUCGCCGUUACGACUCAUUCAAGAGGAACACCAAAAACUUCAAGAACUUUAUCGAACGUCGCUUACUCCGGCACAGAUGAACGAGCAGCAGCGUUUGCACACCGUGUACAAGGAAAAGUACACGGAAAUGCAGGAGGAACUAGAAAAGCAAUAUUCCAAAACCGUGCAGAAGGUCGAAACCGAGUUAGCGGAUUCUAAUCCAGAUUCUAAUCCGCUCUCGUUGGAGUUUCAAAACCUUCACAUCCAAAGGCACGCUUAUCAACCUGCUUUGAAGUCACUCUCGCACAAACGUGUGGCCAAGAAGAUAUCUCCGUAUUCAAUACAUAGAACAAUUGAACGAAUUGACAGCGACGACAUUGAGUAUCCGCCAUCGGAAACGAACGAUGAUUACACGCUGAUCUCCCUAUAAUCGAGGGAGUAUAUGUGUUGGAGCAAUGCAGUUAGGGAUGGGCUAUUUGAUUAUCGUUUAGAGGAAGGGGGGUAGUACCUCAAAAAGUUAUCAGGCAGUUUAUUUCAAAUUUCUUUCAACUGGAAGUUCAUGCGAAAAACGGUUAAAAUAUUCAGGCAAAUUCCCGCCACUCCAAUCGAAAAUCAAAUAGUCCAUCCCGUGAAAGGUCGUUUAUCUGACAAAUCUUCUGCACACAAAGAUAUUUUGACUAAGUCCGUGUAACAGCUUUUCGUAAAUACCGACGGCUUGCCUCUAAUGAUUCCAUUGCCUCAAUCAAUGUAGUUUAUUUAGCCGAGUGACUGGUGAUGUAUCACGUAUGAAAAAAACUUUCGACGGUCGGAAAUUACGCGGAAUAAGGAUGAUAUUUGUCAGAUAAAUCACCGUGGUGUAUUGUAUGUAGUGUGUAUUUUAUGUGAGAGAGCUGAUUAUUUAACGAUAUUGUAUUGAAUGGUUGCAUAUAUUUAUGAAAUUCGUAUCAGGUCGUGUGCUGCGUGUAUUUGAACAAGCGUCAUGAGAACUGAUCGACUAUAUUGUUUUCUAUUGAAAAUGGUGAAUUGAAUAGGUUGUUUAUAUAAUUAUAUUUUGUACAUAUAUCUAUUGAUAUUGUAACAAGGAUGAGGAAACAGAAAAAUAUAUGUUUAAAGUAUAUAAAUAUACUA